GUGGAUGCUGGCCGCAGGCUACUCACCCACCCCCUGAAUUGACGAAGAGUUGACAAGGGGGAAUCAGGAUCGCACGCCUGCAAUGUGCAAAGCAAACACAACAGAAACCUGGAGAGAGAGAGAGAGAGAGAGAGAGUGAGUGAGGAUUAAGGGGACGAGGGAAGCCACGAUGCACGAGUUGACACGAAGCUGACUCGGACCUGCAACCGAUAAAAACACAUAAAGAUAGCGAAACAAAGAGUGUACUAUGUCGGAACCGAAUGGAAGAAGAAUUGGGGGAGUUGACUUGACAUGCAAAACGCACACACAUAAAGAGAGGUCAGAGGGAAUUGACCGGCAAAUUAAACGCAUAAGGAGAGAGAGAGAGAGAGAGAGAUUGAAGUUGCCGACGAGUCUAAGCCCUCUAGUGACCCGAGGUGGUGGUGAUGAAUGAACCAGCGGAGGAAGAUAGAGAGAUCUUCGUCCAUUCGGCGGGGUGGUGGUUGUUUCGCCGGCAACCUCCACUGUCCCGGUGAUAUCAAAUAUCCCUUUUAAAUAUUUGAGUCGGGUCGGAUACCACAUGGGCGGAUUUCCAACGGUUUCAAACAUCCGCCCUCCAAGGCUGACUUUUUUGGUCAGCAUUUUUCUCUUUCCUCUGCUCUUCAUUGCUCUUCUUCUUCGUACAUGACAUUCACACCGUCCCAGCCAGUCAGACCCCUGCGACCGCUUUCACUUCACUCUCCCUCCUCCCUUGUCCUGAGAAAAAAGUUAACCCUCGGCAUAAUCAAAAAGCAAAAAGCCAAACAGAGACAGAGGGAGGAAGGAAGGAACGAAGAACCCAGUUCCGAUUCCGUCCUCUCCUCCCCUCAGAUCUCGCGGGUGACCCAGAAAGAGAGAGACUGAGUCGGGUCGUGCUGAAUCGCCCCAUGGCGGCGGCUGUCUCCGUGCAGGGCGGCGGAGGAGGAGGAGGGGGGCUGUGGGAGGCGGUAAUAGAGCUGACUAGGGCCGCCCAGGACAAGAACGUUGACCCCAUGGUCUGGGCGGUCCAGCUGAGCUCCAGCCUCAACUCGGCCAGGGUCGCCUUGCCUUCCCCCGAUCUCGCCCACCUGCUCGUCUCCCACAUCUGCUGGUCCAAUCACGUGCCCAUCACUUGGAAGUUCCUCGACAAGGCCCUCUCCCUCAAUCUCGUGCCUCCUCUCCUCCUCCUCGCCCACCUCUCUUCAAGGGUGAUUCCAUGUAGAUUGGUCUAUCCGACAGCCUAUAGGCUAUACAUGGGGCUCCUCAAAAGACAGGCCUUUUCAUUCACUGCUUUGAUUAAUACGCCGGAUUAUGCAAAGAUCAUGAAAUCCAUUGAUGAUGUUCUUAAUCUUUCCCAGAUAUUUGGCCUCGAAGAAUGUGAACCUGGAAUUCUUUUGGUGGAAUUUGUUUUUUCAAUUGUUUGGCAAUUACUUGAUGCAUCACUAGAUGAUGAAGGUCUGCUUAAACUUACUUCUGAGAAGAAAUCUAGAUGGCCCACCCAACCACAAGACAUGGAAAUAGAUGGCCAAGAUAGUUUCAGUAUGAAGGAAACAGAGCAACAGGAGAUUCUGCAAAAGGCAAACACCGCAAUGGCUAUUGAGAUGAUUGUGGAAUUUCUACAAAAUACAGUAACUGCAAGGAUUCUUUACUUGGCACGUCGGAACAUGCCAAUACAUUGGGGAGGUUUCCUUCAGCGAUUGCGAAUACUUGCUGCAAAUUCAGCAGCGCUGAGGAACUUAAAACAUAUGUCUCCAGAAGCCUUUCUGCAACUUACUUCUGAUAAACGCAAUGUUCUCACUAGAGAAGGCAAGACAGUGUCACAGCAAGAAUUUCAUGCAGUCUUGGCUUCUGGUUCUUUGAUAUCUUCUGCUGGGCAGAGUUAUGGGGCCAGUCAAUCUGCUUUGUGGCUUCCGAUUGAUCUUUUUCUGGAAGAUGCAAUGGAUGGAUCUCAAGUUGCAGCGACUAGCUCUGUUGAAACACUUACUGGUUUAGUAAAGGCUCUUCAGGCAGUCAAUGGUACCACAUGGCAUGACACGUUUUUGGGCUUAUGGAUUUCUGCUCUACGCCUUGUCCAGAGGGAGAGAGAUCCCAGUGAAGGUCCUGUACCUCUUCUUGACACCUGCUUGUGUAUGUUAUUGUCCAUUACAACAUUGGCAAUUGCCAACAUCAUUGAUGAGGAAGAAAGCUUACUAAUUGAAGAAGCUGAACAGGCCGUAACCUACCAAAGGAAAGAUAAACAGGGUCGGGGAAACCGCCGCAAGGAUUUGAUCUCAAGCUUACAGCAGUUAGGUGUCUACGAAGGUUUGCUGGCUCCACCUCAGUCUGUUAGCUGUGUGGCUAAUCAGGCUGCUGCGAAGGCCAUCUUGUACAUUUCGGGCCUUACUGCUGGUAAUGGGUAUAUCGAGUGCCUGAGCAUGAACGACAUGCCAAUGAAUUGCUCUGGGAACAUGCGGCAUCUGAUCGUGGAGGCUUGCAUAGCUAGAAAUCUGCUAGACACAUCAUCUUAUCUAUGGCCAGGCUAUGUUAAUGCGCGUACCCAUCAAAUACCUCGUAACAUCCCGAAUCAAGUCCCUGGGUGGUCUUCAUUGCUAAAGGGGUCUCCUCUGACUCCCUCAUUGAUAAACACACUGGUUGCAAUCCCAGCUUCAAGCUUAGCAGAGAUCGAGAAAAUUUAUGAGAUUGCACUCAAUGGUUCGGAUGAAGAGAAGAUAUCAGCAGCGACCAUACUAUGCGGAGCGUCGCUUUUUCGUGGUUGGAAUGUACAAGAACACACAGUUCUUUUUAUUACCAGAUUGCUGUCACCUCCAGUUCCAACAGAUUAUUCAGGAAGUGAGAGCCACUUGAUCGGUUAUGCCCCAUUCCUUAAUGUUCUUCUUGUUGGAGUAUCAUCCAUAGAUUGCGUUCAGAUUUUCUCUCUACAUGGCCUGGUCCCCCAGCUUGCGGGCUCGUUGAUGCCCAUCUGUGAGUUAUUUGGUUCAGCCGUUCCCAAUGUUUCAUGGACCCUCAUAACUGGUGAGGAGCUCACAUCACACAUGGUUUUCUCCAAUGCUUUUACUCUCCUGUUGAGACUCUGGAGAUUCGAUCACCCGCCACUUGAGCAUGUUAAGGGAGAUGUCCCACCAGUGGGAACCCAGUUAAGUCCAGAGUUUCUCUUACUUGUGCGAAACUCCCAGCUAGCAAGCUCUGGAAAUUCUCAUAAUGACCGACUCAAAAGUUCUCGCCUUUUAAAACACCUUGCCCCAUCCCUCGUGGAGCCUAUGUUCAUGGAUUCUUUUCCAAAGCUUAAGCUUUGGUACAGGCAACACCAGAAGUGUAUUGCGUCCACCCUCUCCGGAUUGGUCAAUGGGACUUCUGUGCAUCAGAUUGGGGAUACCCUAAUUAGUAUGAUGUUUAGGAAGAUAAACCGGGGAGGAGGAGGCGGUGGUGCGCCUGUGACCCCGGCAACAUCAGCAAGCAGCUGCUCAUCGGGGGCCACUGCAGAGGAUAUUGCUAUGAGGCUGAAAGUUCCAGCCUGGGAUAUUUUAGAGGCAACUCCAUUUGCCCUAGACGCAGCGUUAACGGCAUGUGCCCACGGGAAGCUCUCCCCUCGUGAGCUUGCCACAGGACUGAAGGAUCUCGCCGAUUUCUUACCAGCAACCUUGGCAACGAUUGUCAGCUACUUAUCUGCUGAGGUGACAAGGGGCAUUUGGAAACCUGCUUUCAUGAAUGGAACCGAUUGGCCUAGUCCUGCUGCAAAUCUGUCCACAGUUGAGCAGCAGAUUAAGAAAAUUCUUGCUGCAAUUGGUGUCGAUGUCCCAAGUAUUACUACAGGGAGCUCUCCAGCUACUUUGCCUCUGCCCCUGGCUGCGCUGGUGAGCCUGACAAUCACCUACAAACUCGACAAGGCCUCUGAACGUUUCCUCACGUUGAUUGGGCCUGCCUUGAAUUCUCUUGCGGCGGGUUGCCCAUGGCCAUGCAUGCCCAUCAUUACCUCUCUGUGGGCCCAGAAGGUCAAGCGUUGGAGCGACUUCCUCUUUUUUCGAGCCUCCCAGACUGUCUUCCACCACAACAGCGAUGCAGUGGUUCAUCUCCUCCAGAAUUGCUUCACAUCAGCUCUAGGGCUGAAUUCCUCCCAGAUCUCAGCCAAUGGUGGGGUUGGAGAUCUGCUGGGUCACGGGAUUGGCUCCCAUUUCUCAGGUGGGUUAACUCCUGUGGCCCCUGGGAUCCUCUACCUGAGGGUCCAUCGGUAUGUGAGAGACGUCAUGUUUAUGAGCGAGGUGAUCGUGUCCCUUCUGAUGCAGUCGGUGAGGCAGAUUGCUAGCAGUGGUCUUCCGAAGGAUAGAAUUGAGCGGCUCAGGAAGACAAAAUAUGGGAUGAGAUAUGGACAAGUAUCUCUCGCUGCAGCGAUGACGCGUGUCAAGCUUGCUGCCUCUCUGGGGGCCUCGUUUGUGUGGAUCUCGGGUGGGUUUAAUUUAGUCCAGUCCCUGAUAAAGGAGACCUUGCCGUCUUGGUUCAUAUCAGCCCAAAAGUUGGAGCGAGAGGAGGGAGGUGAGGUCGGUGGGAUGGUCGCAAUGCUUGGAGGCUAUUGCCUGGCCUACUUCACCCUGCUGUGUGGGAUGUUUGCUUGGGGGAUUGACUCCGCCUCCUCUGCAUCGAAGCGGAGGCCCAAGGCCCUCGGGGCCCACCUGGAGUUCCUCGCAAGCGCGCUCGAUGGGAAGAUAUCCCUAGGGUGCGAUCGUGCCACAUGGCGGGCCUAUGUAUCGGGGUUCGUGGGUCUAAUGGUGGCAUGCGCACCCACAUGGGUGCUCGAGGUUGAUGUGGACGUGCUCAAGAGGCUCAGCAUCGGCUUGAGGCACUGGAACGAGGAGGAACUGGCCGUGGCUCUUUUGGGGAAAGGGGGUAUCAAUGCAAUGAGUACAGCUGCUGAGCUUAUUGUCGAGAUCGGGUAGCUUCUGCUAUCGAAGUGGGAGAUAACAUCAAAUUAUUUUAGUGAUUAGAGGUAGCUUAAUGGUCGUCUUUUUUUUUCUUUCUUUUCUUUUUUCUCCCACAGCACCGUUGAAAGUGUAGCCAUUUUUGAUUCUGUUUUGUUUGUAAAGUUGAUGUAGAUUACUCCAUCCAAAAAAAAAAAAAGGCAGUUUUGUUGUAUAGGUGUGUAGGGGUAGAAAGAACAAUAAGCAUUGUAAGUUCAUGGUUUUUAUGAUAUACAAUAUUAAGGGCAUUCAUCCUA